AUGAGGGUGUCCAGUAGACUACAUACGAGCACUUCUUCUCUCUCUCUCUCGAUCACCACCACUGCACCAUUAUGUACCAGCAGGCAGUGUGGCCCCACCUGGAAGGUGUCGAGGAGAAAAUUUGAAGACCCACCUACUUGGACGCUGCACGGUACGCGGUAUCAACCAGCCAGAUUUCGAUCAUUCUUGCAGUGUGUGGUAGCAUAUUGAAAGUUCAUAGUAGUAGUUGCAGCUGAGCAGACUUGUUCACAAAGUUUAAAGUGUAUACAUGUACUCUAUCUCUGAUUAUUUUUACGGAAGUGUGCUGGACCAUGGAAUACCGAAAUCAAUGAAUGAUGUUCUCCCUAGAUCACUUUGUGAAUCUUCAACGGCCAUGCUGCUGGAUUGAUCUUCAGGGGGAGCAUAAGCAUGAAGUGUUUGGGCUCACUUCAAAUACCGGUGUAGUGUGGAGAGACCAAUGUAGGAAGUCAGCACUGGUGACAGCCUGUCACAUACAUGGUUAGCCUGUGCAGUGCCGCAGUAAUCAGUGGUGAAAGCGGUGUGUGCGCAGUGGCUGCUGCUCUUGCUGACAAUCAUGAAUGCCGGUCAUCCUGCCACAAAGAGACGCCGUUGUGGAUCGGGCUUGAUGCCGCCUCGCCGUCUAUCAUCCCCGGUCGGCAUAAAUAACAACAGUGCGGUCGCCAGUGAUGGUUCUUCGUCUCCGUCUGGCCACGAUGCAUUGGCUGGAGCGGCACCACGCAAGCGGACAUGUUUCAGGAACCCGUGUACUCCCAUCCACCAGCAAGCCCAUGCUUUCUCUGGGGGGAAAUCCCGUGCCGGGCACGCUACCAAGCAUGCGCGAGGCCGACAGACACCCAGUACGAUGAGAAAGCUGCCAACGCAAGUCGUGGUGACACCCCCAUCAUGCUUAUUGUCAUCCUUCUCUGGCGACUUGACUUCUCUCGCCUGUGACGAGGACACUGCUCCGCCAGGACAAUCAACUACAGUUGCGAAACAUUCCGUUGAUAGCCACAGUGCCAUUGGCGUGUCUAUGAAUUGCUCCUUCGAUAGUGUUUUGGACAGCCAAGUGUUUGGAUUGGUAGACGAGCUUGAAGAGAUGAAUCGCCAGGCUAGUGCUGAAGGGGUGCCGCAGCCAGCGUCCGGGCAAGCAGGCCAAGCAACCAAGUCACUGACUGGUGUCAACUCGGCUAGUUACCACCAAGAAAGUAUUAUUCAGCAGCUGUUCGCACCUGAUGCAUCUGAAUCUGCAGCUGAUGUAGCUCCCUCUGACUACAACGAGGGAGUACAAGCUCGCUCAGCUGUUGAGGAGCACGCUUGCCAGAUUGACGGCAGAGCACGGUCCUCGCCAACUUCAGUGUCAGCAGCACCUACGCCGCCAGAGGCUGCCCCUGCUGGAGUAGCUUCACCAGCUGCGUUUGCCCCACCACCUGUGCCAGUACGCCCAGCAGCAGCAGUGUCAUCAGCGCGCUCUGAUCGGUUGCAAGCUGGUUUGAAAGCUCUUCAGUCGCCAGACCCGAAUACAAGCCUAGCUCCAGCACACACAUCGACAAGUAGUCCAUGUCUCGCCGAUACAGCCAAACCAGCCCGCCGCUCCGACCCAUCUCCUCUGCCGAAAACUACUUCACCGCUGUCCAAGUCAUUCCCUGCCGCUGACCUUGCCGAUAAUCUGAAGCUUGCUGCGUGGGGUAUUCCAGACAGUGUUGUGAAGCACUUUGGCAAUGCUGGCGUGAGUCACCUCUUCCCGUGGCAAGCCGAGUGUCUGGUGCAGAGAGAUGUGUUGGCCGGCCGGAAUCUUGUGUACUCCGCUCCCACCAGCGGCGGCAAGAGCAUUGUCGCUGAACUGCUGCUGCUGAAACGUGUGCUGGAGACACGCCGGCGUGCCAUUCUCAUCCUGCCAUUCGUCAGCGUGGCCAGGGAGAAGGCCAAACACUUGCAGCGCGUCUUUGCCGAUGUCGGUAUCCGCGUGGGUGCGUUCGUCGGCUCGGACACACCCCGCGGUGGUUUCACGUGCGUCGACGUGGCCGUAUGCACGAUCGAGCGUGCAAACAGUCUUGUGAAUCGGCUACUGGAGGAGGGUCGUGUCAGCGAGCUGUGCAUGAUGAUCGUGGACGAACUGCACAUGCUGGGUGAUUCCCAUCGGGGAUAUCUACUGGAACUUCUGCUCACCAAAGUACAGUUUGUUUCGACGUCUCGUGACCCGGCACAGCACAUUGCCGUAGCAUCAACGCCCAGCUCUCAUCAACUACCGGCUAUUCAGAUUGUGGGCAUGAGCGCCACCUUACCGAAUCUACCUGCCGUGGCUUGCUGGCUCAACGCCGAGCUGUACUGUACGGAUUUUCGGCCCGUCCCGCUGACACAGUACGUCAAGGCCGGCGACACCGUGUAUGACAUUGACAUGAAGAAAGUACGCUCGGUGUCUGGGAAGACGAUCAAAGGCGACGACGACGAUAUCUUCCUGUUGAGUCGCGAAUCUCUUGCAGCAGGGCACGGUGUGUUGAUCUUUUGUCCAACGAAAGCGAGAUGCGAGAAGGUCGCCCUGUCGCUUGCUGAAAUGGCAUCUAGACUGUGUCCGAAGCCCAGCACUGAGGAGCAUACGGCCCUCUCCAAUGUGGCCGACCAGCUCAAAAGCACUCCAGUCGGUCUGGACAGCGUUCUUAGCAAGACUCUUCCCUACGGCAUUGCGUUCCAUCACGCCGGCCUGACGAUGGAGGAGCGAGAUGUGCUGGAGGCCGGGUUUCGUCAGCAGAGCAUUCGCCUGUUGGUCGCUACCUCUACGCUGGCGUCGGGCGUCAAUCUACCAGCACGACGUGUGUUGAUCCGUACCCCACACUUCCACGGCAGCCUGGUCAACAUACUCAGCUAUCAUCAGAUGGUCGGGCGUGCGGGGCGCAAGGGGCUGGACGACAUGGGCGAGAGCUUCAUGAUCUGCAAAGCUAGUGAGAAGAGCAAAAUCCAGGCUUUGUUGCAAUCCCCGCUGCUACCCGUGCACAGCUGUCUGGCGGGCCGUGCGGACAGCGAGGAAGGCAAAGCCGCCGGCAUGCAACGGGCACUGCUGGAGAUCAUUGUCAGCCGUGUCGCCAAGACUCAUGCCGACAUCCUGCGCUAUGCCAGUAACACUCUACUUGCUGCCGAGGAAAUAGAGGCCAGUGCGAGCCAAGCUAGUGGCAAGUCACCCAGCCAAGCUACUGGCAAGUCACCCAGCCAAGCUACUGGCAAGUCACCCAGCCAAGCUACUGGACAGAGCACACCGAGACGGCGACGGCCAUCGGGCGUUAAAGGAAGACGAGCAUCGAGCAGUCGGCGCACCGCCACUACCAGCAGUCCUCUGCGCAAAUCGGUCUUGGCCGCGCUGCAGUUCCUUCUGGACAAUGAGUUCAUCGCUGUGCGACAAGACGAGAACUCACCUGAGCUGACUGCUUCGCCGGUGUCUAGCGGUGCUAUGGACUCUUCCCAGGUCAGUGAUGCUCGUACAUACUACUCGACGCAAUUAGGUAAUGCCACAAUGUCAUCGUCUCUAUCUCCCGGUGAGGCCCUGGAAGUGUUUGCUGAGCUGCAGCGUGCUCAGCGGUGCUUUGUCUUGGAGAAUGAGCUACACAUUGUCUACCAAGUCACUCCAAUCUACCUGCAAGCGCAAUGGCCCGGCUUGGAUUGGUACCGCUUCCUCUCAAUUUACAGCAAGCUGCCAGCUGAUUUACAACGUGUGGGUGAUCUGGUUGGAGUGGAGGAGGCUUUCUUGGUGAAUGCAGUUCAUGGUGGUGGUGUCCGCAAGGCGAAGUCCACGCGCGCCAAGCGUCAACAGCUAGUGCACCGUCGUUUCUACACCGCUCUCGCACUGCACGACCUGGUGCACGAAGUGCCGCUGGCCGAAGUAGCUGCCAAGUACUCGGCAUCUCGCGGAUUGCUGCAGUCUCUACAGCAGGCUGCCGCUACGUUCGCUGGUAUGGUGACGGUGUUCUGCAGUGGCCUCGGGUGGCAUAACCUACAGCUGUUGCUGGACCAGUUUCAGAGCCGCCUCAUCUUCGGCGUGGAGCGCCAGCUGUGCGACAUGCUGCAGAUCAGCCUGCUGGAUGCUGCCACUGCCCGUGCUCUUUACAAUUCUAACCUGCACACUCUGCAGGCCAUCGCUGCCGCCGACGUCUCCACCAUUGAGUCGAUCUUGCGGCAGUGCUCCCCAUUCCGCAGUCGCAAGGAUCAUGACACCGCCAGUGUUGCAGCUACUGCUGCUGCUGAUAGAGUGGACAGCGUGGCACGAUUACGACGUCGCUACACCCGGCGUGGAUUUCACUACGAUCUUGACGACGGAAAUGCUGCAGCGAUCAUUCAGGAAGAAGCGCGGGCGCUUGUUCUAAAGUCUGGUGCUGCUCCAGAGCGACCAGCGUUCGGAGUUGGCAAUUCCAGCGAUCGUGACCAGCCAGUAGCCGAGAGUGAUCAAAGAAGUCGUGAUGACGUGCAGGCAGCUGUUACGGCACUAAAGCCUCCACUCGAGCCACAGCACCAGCAGCCUGAAUCCACACAAGCUAGUGUUGUUAAACCAGCUGUCAGUAAGGUAACGAAACACAGUGUUGCACGGGUCUCGUCACCCUCUUUAUCGGAAACACCUGUUGCCAGUGCAAACACUAGUAACGGCCAACAUGAACAUGUUGAUUCUAGUCAUCCCGAUGCUCAGGACUCUAAUCAUACCGGUAAUUCAACUUCAAGCCAUUACCCGCACCAAGACCCGCCACCACCGAGCUCACAGCCAUUUGAUGUUGCUGGCUGUCAAGAAGCAGUUGAUUGCAACAUGCUACCCGAUGAACAGUUAGUACCUACAUUGCCAACCGAUGCCCAUAGCACGGUGGACAAUCUCGACGCAGUCGACGACUACCCACCAGAGGAAUUAGAGGCGCUUGCUGACGCAAUGGAGCUGGGUGCAAUGUCAGGGUCUUUGUUCUCACACAGUCAGCCGUCAGACAAGCAGCACUUCAACGGGUUUAUAUCCGCAUCGCGGCUGCUCCACAGUCCAGAGCUGGCCAGGAGAGAGAACCGGCCACAAGAACAUUCUCAUCCUUCUGCUUCAUCAUCAUCAUCAUCAUCUCACGUUGAUGCUGCCACUGCAAGCGCGGCCACGGCGAGUGUGGGAAAGCGCAGUCCAUCGUUUCCGUGCAACGAGGAGAGCUCUCCGGCUGAGUUUCGCCGCUCGCGGCUGGUCUGCAGCACGCCUCUGGACUCUGCGAGCAGUGCCUGUGCCAGUGCUUCGGCUCGCUACGCCAGCAAGGCCGGAGCAACGCAGGCACACACACGUUCAUCCACGCCCGAGCAUUUCACCAAUGGGAGAUGCGCUGGGUCCUCGUCGCACGUCAAGAGCAGUAGAAGCAGCAGUAACAUUGCCAGCUCACCGCAGCUCAUCUCGGCCAGCAUGCUGGGCAGCGAUAACAUCAGCUGCAGCAUGUUUGACCAGUCGCAGGACUUGUUCGACAAUGGCGACCCCAGCCCGGCGUACGCUACUGGUGUCAGCCUGGCCCGCGAGGACAGCGAGGGCUUCAAUGUGGACGUGUGUUAUGAGCAACACACCGGUGAUCUUACUAGCCAUGAUCCUGUCGCAGCGGCACAACAAAACAAUUCUACUAGCAGUGCAUGUGCAGAUCCUACGCACCAGCCCAGAGUAGAUGCCAAUCAGCUAGGACACGAGUACACUGCACAACAACCACUGCCAGCCAGUCGUGACUCCUCGGACAAUCUGAACAUUCCGGAGGCCGAUAUCUUCUGCACGUCCAGCCUGUUUGAUGACCUGUUCACAGAUGACGGCUUGGACGAUUCUUUGCUGAGGGAGGCGAGCCAAGCGCUGUCACUGACUCCGGCAGCCGAGAAGAACUUUGUUGUCAUUGACAUCUGUGGACAUCGGCGACUGCUGCGGACCUUCCUAAAGGAAUGGUCUGCUCAGACUUGCUACUCGGUGUCGCUAGCGUGCGAGUCGCAGGCGCGCUCAGACUUCGCUCAGUCUUCCGCUGCGGUGUCACUGGCAUCGUGUGCCACCACUACGAUGGGGACUUCCCUGUUUGACACGGAGGUCACUACACUGGCCACGUCGGCUUCUUGCGGGCGCGUUCUGCGCGGCAUCAGUGUGUGCUGGGAGGCAUCUGAAAUCUACUACAUGUCCCUAGACGCUGGUGAUGUCAGCCAUGAGAAUGAUUCUAGCUUGGAUGGCGUUAGCAUGCCUGAGCGCCUUGCAGUUGUGCGUCGGUUGCUGUGCAGUAGUUGCCGUACCAACACUUUGUACACGUUUGACUUGAAGGAGACGUGCCGUAAUCUCAGCGACUCGGAGUCCUUGAUGCUGGACGGCCCUGUGUGCGAUGUGCGCUUGUGCGCCUGGAUGCUGAACCCGGAUCGUAAUCAGCGUUCGUUUGCUCAGCUGAUCCGCGACGAGCUGCCCAACUACUGCAAGCAAGAACAGGACAGUCUGUACUACCUGGCCACGACUCCGCAUCGACCUGCUCGACUGGCAUCCGUAGCCACCGCUGCCCUCACCUGGCUGCUGAUGAAGCACUUCAAGCCGCUGCUCAUCGCCGAAGACUUGUGGACUGCUCUGGAGGAGACCGAGAGCCGUGCCGCGCUGGCGUUCGCACGCAUGGAGCUGUGCGGAAUGGGCGCCGAUCCAGCCGAGUGCAACAAGCAGCAGCUGAUCCUGCAGCAGCGUCUCACCGAGCUGGAGGAGCAGGCGUUUGGCAUUGCCGGGCACAGCUUUGCUCUGACGUCACCGGCUGAUGUUUCCACGGUGCUCUUCCACGAGCUGCGGCUACCACCUGAUCCCAGCAAGACGUCCAACACGGCGGUAAGAAGAACAACGCGGAGCUCACGGGGUGGACGCGGCGCAGCAAGUCGCCUGCAGAAGUUCAGCACCAACAAGGAAGUCCUGAUCAAGCUGUCGUCCCUGCAUCCACUACCGGCCAUCCUGUUGGAAUGGCGGCGCAUCAACAGUGCACUGAGCAAGGUCGUGUUACCGCUGCGUCAGGAGCUAAAAGAGCACAGCGGACUGCGCAUGGCGCGUGUGCAUUGUGUCGUGCAGCUGCACACGGCCACUGGACGCAUAGCGCUCAGCGAUCCGAACGUCCAGAACGUGCCCAAGGAGUUCAACAUCUCCGUCGACGUGGUGGAGAGCGGCUUCAUCGACCAGACAUACGUCUCCAUGAUCCGACCCACGUCCUUGCCCUCGUCCGUGGUGGUGAUGCGCGACUUCUUCGUCCCGUCGGCCGAGCACGUUCUGGUUGCCGCCGACUACAGUCAGCUGGAACUGCGCCUGCUCGCCCACCUGUCCGCUGAUCCCAAGCUCUGUGCUAUCCUGCACGAUGUGGGUGCGGAUGUGUUCCGCAGCAUGGCCUCCGAGUGGCUACACAUUCCCGUCAGCACUGUGUCCACCGAGCAACGCCAGCAGGCCAAGCAGGUCUGCUACGGAAUGCUGUACGGCAUCGGCGCCAAGGGCCUCGCCACGCAGCUGAGCGUGGACGUCAACGCCGCCUCCAAGUUCAUGAACUCCUUCAAGCAGGCCUACGCCGUGGUCACCCAGUUCAUGGACAACGUCGUUCGGAAGUGCCGCUCCACGGGCUACGUCAUCACCAUCGCCGGCCGCAAGAGAUUUCUACCGAACAUCAACAGCACGUCACCAGCCGCUCGCUCUCAGGCCGAGCGUCAGGCUGUGAACACUACAAUCCAAGGCUCUGCGGCCGAUCUUGUUAAGACCGCGAUGAUCAACAUCGAUGAAGCGCUGACGCGGACGCACGGCAGCGUGUUUGCGUGCCACCAUCGCGUCAAGCACGACUCGCCCGUGUCUGCGGAGAGCGUCGCCGCCUUCCUCGUUCUGCAGCUGCACGACGAGCUGAUGUACGAGGUGCGGCGCGAUCUGCGCGACAGCGUGGGUGGGCUGGUGAAGCGGGAGAUGGAAAAUGCCCUCUCGCUCUCCGUGCCGAUGCCUGUCAAGCUGAAAUGUGGUGCCAGCUGGGGAAAGCUUGAGGACUGGAUACCUUCAUGUGACUAGCUAUGUGGACUGUGCAACAGUAUUCACACUACUGGACUUCUCGGCAGAAAAUAUUAGAUAUUAUUUUGAACUCGGACGGACGGUGAGUAAGAGGAAAGACAAAUUGGUACAUGUUACAAGUACAAUUUGUACAAGAGCUGUUCUAUAAUUCUGCCCUUCUUUUUUUUAAAUAAUUGAGUUCAUGAUCUAUUGCUGUGUACAUGUUUGGGUUGUGCUGGUCACACUCCCGCUGUGUACAGUUCUCUGCUAGUACCCUGCUACUUGCUGUUCUGUUGUUGAGUUUGUCUGCUGAUCUGCCUUUACAGCCAGCACCCUGCUCCUGCAGAGACGAGACGUGCUGCAUUGUUAUUGCAUUGCAUUGCUGAUACCGCUGUUGUAAAUAGUGCAUUGUUAUUGCAUUGCAUUGCUGAUACCGCUGUUGUAAAUAGUGCAUUGUUAUUGCAUUGCAUUGCUGAUACCGCUGUUGUAAAUAGUGCAUUGUUAUUGCAUUGCAUUGCUGAUACCGCUGUUGUAAAUAGUGACGUGCUUGCUACUGUACAUGCGUCUCCCUUGCGGCCUGCCGGUACUUUCCCCUUCCCACCCUUCACCCCCGCUGUUCCCUUGUACUGCUUGUACAUUGAUUUCCCCGCUGGGCUCUGCGAAAUGCCAUACUUCAUCAUGUUCAGUUCAGACUUACUGCAGGUUGGUCUCUGCGAAAUUCAGACUUGGAUUAUUUAAUUCUGCUCUUCUUUGCUCUUCUUCAUUGAAUUUAUUAGAUAAUUAUUUCAAAUUUGUUUUCAAUUUUUUUAGAGAAUAUCAGACAGUUUAUCUGAAUUUUAGACAUCACAUUGGCACAGGGUUCGA